CCGGGUCCAGCAGCGCGCAGGACAGCUGGUGCAGGAAGCCCUGAAUGCCGCCGCCGCCGCCGAACACGGGCAGAGCCGCAGCCAUAGCGCCCGCGGCGCCGGGCGCAACCAACUCCCGACAGGGCCUUCCAGGACAAGACCAAUCCCGCCGGCGAGAUAGGACCUUCCCCAGAUAGGCGUUUUGUUGGGCGGAACCAAUCGCACAGACGCACGCGCCUGGGGAGCAGCCGCAGCCGGUAAAGCAGCGUCAUGUCCUCGCCGGCCUCCACGCCGAGCCGCCGCGGCAGCAAGCGCGGGCGGGGCAGCAACCCGCCGACUCCACGCACUGAAGAUGCUCAGUCUCCUCCUUCACAAAAACGUCGAACGGAUGACUCCACAUCUACAGGAGAUCUACAGCCAAUGCCAACUUCCCCAGCAGUUGACAUGCAAAGCCCAAAUGCUCAAGAUGUUCUGUUUUCCAGCCCACCUCAGUUUCGGGAAUCAGCAAUUCCACUUGAUUUUGAUAUUAGUUCACCUCUGACCUAUGGCACUCCCAGCUCUAGAGUGGAGGGUACUCCAAGGAGUGGUGUGCGAGGAACUCCAGUCAGGCAGAGGCCAGAUCUUGGAUCUGCCCGCAAAGCCAGACAGGUGGACUUGCAUUCUGAUGCGCCAGCAGAGGAUGCAUUGGCAAGUGAACAAUCUCUUGGACAAAAACUUGUGAUAUGGGGAACAGAUGUUAAUGUAGCUUCAUGCAAAGAAAAGUUCCAGAGAUUUCUUCAGCGUUUUAUUGAUCCAUUGGCUAAAGAGGAAGAGAACGUUGGCUUGGAUCUUAAUGAACCACUCUAUAUGCAGCGACUUGAGGAGAUCAAUAUGGUUGGGGAACCAUUUCUAAAUGUAAACUGUGACCACCUGAGAUCUUUUGACACGAAUCUAUACAGACAGCUGAUCUGCUAUCCACAGGAAGUUAUCCCAACAUUUGACAUGGCUGCUAAUGAGAUCUUUUUUGAUCGUUACCCUGACUCAAUAUUAGAACACCAGAUUCAAGUCAGACCAUAUAAUGCAUUGAAGACCAGGAAUAUGAGGAGUCUGAACCCUGAAGACAUUGACCAACUUAUCACCAUCAGUGGUAUGGUGAUCAGAAGCUCCCAGUUGAUUCCUGAGAUGCAAGAAGCAUUCUUCAAGUGCCAGGUUUGUGCCUUCACCACAAGAGUAGAAAUUGACCGCGGCCGGAUUGCUGAACCGUCAACAUGCAAGAACUGUAACACAACACACAGUAUGGCACUAAUUCACAAUCGGUCCAUGUUUUCAGACAAACAGAUGAUCAAACUACAGGAGUCUCCUGAAGAUAUGCCGGCUGGUCAGACACCUCAUACUGUGGUGCUGUUUGCUCACAACGACCUUGUUGAUAAGGUUCAGCCAGGCGACAGAGUUAAUGUUACAGGUAUCUACAGAGCAGUUCCUAUUCGAGUUAAUCCAAGAGUGAGCAAUGUAAAAUCGGUCUAUAAAACCCACAUUGACGUCAUUCAUUACCGUAAAACCGAUUCAAAACGUUUGCAUGGUGUUGAUGAAGAAACUGAGCAGAAAAUGUUUGCAGAGGAACGUGUGGAAAUGCUGAAAGAGCUCUCCAGAAAACCAGAUAUUUAUGAAAGACUUUCUUUGGCUCUGGCUCCAAGCAUUUAUGAACAUGAAGAUAUCAAAAAGGGCAUUCUGCUUCAGCUGUUUGGGGGAUCAAGAAAAGAUUUCAGUCAUACCGGAAGAGGCAAUUUUCGUGCUGAGAUCAACAUUCUUCUAUGUGGUGAUCCUGGCACUAGUAAAUCACAGCUGCUUCAAUAUGUCUACAACCUGGUUCCUAGAGGCCAGUACACAUCUGGGAAGGGCUCUAGUGCAGUUGGCCUCACUGCAUAUGUAAUGAAAGACCCAGAGACAAGGCAGCUGGUUCUGCAGACAGGUGCUCUGGUUCUCAGUGAUAAUGGCAUUUGCUGCAUUGAUGAAUUUGAUAAAAUGAAUGAAAGCACAAGAUCAGUACUGCAUGAAGUAAUGGAACAACAGACUCUUUCUAUUGCCAAGGCUGGAAUUAUUUGCCAACUGAAUGCUCGCACCUCUGUCCUAGCAGCUGCUAACCCUAUAGAGUCGCAGUGGAAUCCAAAGAAAACUACUAUUGAAAACAUCCAACUUCCUCAUACAUUGUUAUCCAGAUUUGAUCUGAUCUUUCUAAUGUUGGACCCGCGAGAUGAAGCCUACGACAGACGUCUUGCUCACCACUUGGUUGCGCUGUACUACCAAAGUGAAGAGCAGGUGGAAGAAGAGUACAUGGACAUGGCAGUAUUGAGGGAUUACAUUGCAUAUGCUCGUAGCUAUGUUAAUCCUAGACUAAGUGAAGAAGCAAGUCAGGCCCUUAUUGAGGCUUAUGUGGACAUGAGAAAGAUUGGCAGUGGUAGAGGAAUGGUUUCUGCAUAUCCCAGACAGCUUGAGUCUUUGAUCCGUCUGGCAGAAGCUCAUGCUAAAGUACGUUUUUCCAACAAGGUUGAAACAAUUGAUGUUGAAGAAGCAAAACGACUCCAUCGGGAAGCUCUGAAACAGUCUGCUACUGAUCCAAGAACUGGCAUUGUGGACAUAUCCAUUCUCACUACAGGGAUAAGUGCCACAGCCCGUAAACGUAAGGAGGAGCUGGCUCAAGCCUUGAAGAAGCUUAUCCAGGCAAAGGGUAAAACACCAGCUCUAAAAUACCAACAGCUUUUUGAUGAUCUCCGUGCACAGUCUGAUGCAGCUGUCACUAAAGAAAUGUUUGAAGAAGCACUUCGUGCCUUGGCUGAUGAUGACUUCUUGACUGUUACUGGAAAGACUGUUAGAUUGCUUUAAUGAAAUGCUAGCUUAACAGCAGAGUUUUACUGUUUUUUCCAAGUACGUCCCUUGAGAUCUGCAUCAUGUUUAAGAAUAUUGUUCACUGUGGCAAAACUCAUGAUGGUGACCUGUUGAUGAACACCACUGUCAGCACUGUAAAUAACUAGAUUCUGAAGGACUGCAAAAAGCUGCAAUUGAACAGCAAUAUUUGUUUGAACAAAAUGGGUUACUAACAUUUCAGUGUGAUGUGUAUUUUCAAUAAAGUGCUUGGUAGAACAAGCUAACAAAUUUUAUGCAUUUUAAAGCCCAAAUGUCAAAAUUCAUCUUGAACCACUGCUUUUUGACAUAAAUGCAGCUUAAAUCAGUGCAUAUUAUGCUUUAGUAUUUUUACUACAGAGAGAUUAGUGCUUGUGACUUUUGGAAAUUAAAAUCCAUUGGCAUUAUAAUUUAUUUCCUUUCUAUGCAUUACAAAAAGUGAAGCUAAAUCUUGGUGAACGCUUCAACCCAGUGUUCAGCAACUGCAAACAGACUUCAUUUUAUUUUCUUGCAGUUUAAAAGAACAAAGUAACCAUUUUUCCUUUUCCCUCAGAUUACUGCUCUCUCUCUUCCUCCUAUCAAUGUUUGUAAUUGCUGUUCGAAGAUGUCUUUCUGCUUGGAACUUAAACUUUUAUCAUAACAAGCUACAAUGAAAUCCAAGCUUCACAUUAGGUCAUUUUCCUAUAGUAAACCUAUAUUACUGUAAGAUUUAUAAUUCAUAGGACAACUCAGACUGUCUUCUGGGUCAUUUUCUCUCUUCUAUUGCGGUGGGAAUGUAAAUCAGAGGAUGCAGCAUGUAGGCAUAACGCUAUUACUACAGACAUUUUAUAGAUGUAGAAAGCCUUUAGCUAUUUAAUUAUGCUCCUCAUUUACUCUCAGAGCACAAGGUCAGUUCUCACUGUUUCAGAUUAUGCACAGCUUCCCUACAUGUAAAUGAGAUCAGGAGUAUUUGAACACGAAAGUUUCUCUAGAAAACUGAAAACAAGCUAAAUAUGAAUAAAGUUCAAUACUUUAGAAACUGAUCAUUUAAUCCUACUGUACUGAAUUUGUCAACAUUCAGUACAGUAAAAAAAUUUAAGCAGGGUAUUCUAGUGUUCUGCAGUACUAAGUUAUUGAAAAGGGGGUAAAUAGCAAGGAGGACAGAACUUGUAAAGGACAACUGUUAGUCAGCAGUAACACUUAAGCCAGGCACACACAAACUAAUGCUGACAUAUGCCUGGGAAUGUGUUAGAAGGAAUAAUGUGAAAUUUAUGCAGGCAGCUGGGUUCUAAAUUAACCACUGAAGAAAACUGUGGGCAUCUUUAGGGCUAGUUCAAUGAAAAAAUUCUGGUUUCUGUGGAGCAGCAGUCAAACUGAACAAGGGGAUAGGCUGCAUAAGAAAUAGAAUAGAAAAUACUACCAAAAAUGUCAACUCAUUGAAGUCAUCGUACACCAUAUUUGGAAUACUGAGUUCAGUUCUGGUUCACCCUCUCAAACAAUACAGCAUAGAGAGGAUUCAGAAAUGGGUGUUACUAACUUGUCGAAUAUUUUAUGAGGGCAGAGGCCAAGAGCUUACUAAGAUAAGAUAGUAAUAUGCAUAAAAAAAAUUUUAAAAAGGGGUGGGGGCAUAAAGAUGUUAAACUUUAUUCUUCAGACCACAAACCAACCUGUGAUUCAUAAGUGUUGAGAAGAAACUUCUAUGUUUAUUUCACGUUGUCCACAACGUGUUUUCUUGCUCUUUUCCUUUAAGCAGCUGGUACUGGUCUUGAUCAGAGAGGAUGUAGAACUAAAUUGAUGACUGGUCCAAUGGCAAUUCCUCUAUAAGGUUUCUCCAGGAAGGAGGAAUAAUGAAAAGCUGUUUUGUAUAAAACUUGAAUUAAAACAGAACACACCCAGUUACUGCUAUAGGAGGAGAAAUCCCUAAAGUAAAGAUCAGUCUUCAAGGACAGAAAGAAUUAUACAGAAAUAACAGGCUCCAUCUGCUUACAAUCUAAAGCUACUUUUUACCUACAGCAAAUUUAAAAUGCAUGUUGAAACUUGCCUCU